CGCUGCCACCACUUUCAGUAGCGGCAGCCGGAAACGGAACAGCACAGCAGAAGUGGAAACCACGUGGCGCUGACUCAUCACAGCAGGCCAGACCAGCACCAGGAGCAGAAGCAGAAGCAACUUUAUGAAGCCGCGCAGUAGCUUUUUAGCUUUUUAGCAGCACCGACCAGCUGCCGCCUCUCCCGCCUUCAACCAGUCAAGCCCGCCCUCCACGUAAAAAAAACACCGCUCUCCAGCCCGCCUUCCGCCCUUUCAACCGACCAACUCCGCCCUCUCCACCCUCCCGUCCUCCGCUCUCCCGUCCUCCGCCCUCCGCCUUCCCGUCCUCCGCGCUCCGCGCGAUCAUAGACCGACAUGGCCACGCUUCUGCGUCGCGUCGCUGGCGAUUGUAGACGGAGUAGCGGCGUGUCUGGCGCCGUGAGUCGCGCUGUCGGCCAUUUUCGGAGCGGAUUUGCGCGAAGCCCGCGCAGUUUCCUCCUCGACGCUCCUCCGAGUAGAUGGGCCAGCACGCUCGUAUUGGCGGAGCACACGGGGAGGGGCGCGGGGGGCUCCGCCGCGACGCUAAAGCCACCCACCCUCUCCGCCCUGGCGGCGGCGCGGAAGCUGGGUGGGCCCGUGGCGGUGCUGGUGGCGGGGAGUAGUGAGGCGGUUGCUGACGUGGCAGCUGCCGUGGCGAAGAUGGAAGGGGUGGACGAGGUGAUUACAACAGAGAGCCCCGCCCUGGACAAAGCGCUGCCGGAGCCCCUGGCAGCGCUACUGACAAGCCUCGCCGCCCAGCGGUCCUUCUCGCACGUCCUCGCUGCCUCCUCCACCUUCUCCCGCAGCGUUCUGCCACGUGUCGCCGCGCUACUGGACGCCGCUAUGGUGUCUGACGUGGUGGAGAUCGUUGAUGAGAAGACCUUUGUGCGCCCAAUCUACGCGGGCAAUGCUCUCGCAACAGUCCCGCUGUGUCGCCCCCUCUGACUCGAUCCCAACACUCCUCACCGUUCGCGCCACCUCCUUCCCGCCACCAGCUGCUGCUGACGCCGCCUCAGCACCCACCGCCUCUAAGACCACGGCCUUUGACUUCCAAGCCCCCGCGGCAGAAAAUUCCGUGUGGGUCGGGCAGGAGUUGCGGGCAGCUGACGGCCGGACCUGGGCAGCGCGAAAGUUGUGAUUGCUGGCGGGCGGGGGCUGAAGAGUGAAGAGAAUUUCAAACUGCUGGAACAACUAGCAGACAAACUGGGAGGGGCAGUGGGUGCUUCUCGAGCAGCUGUUGACGCAGGCUACGUCGCAAACGACCUGCAAGUCGGGCAGACUGGCAAAAUUGUCGCCCCAGAUCUCUACAUGGCUUUUGGAAUUUCGGGCGCGAUUCAGCAUCUGGCGGGCAUGAAAGAUUCUCGGACGAUUGUGGCCGUUAAUAAGGAUGCCGACGCUCCGAUCUUCCAGGUGGCGGAUUACGGGCUGGUGGGAGAUUUGUUUCAAGUGCUGCCCGAGCUCCUAGAGAAAAUUCCUGCUAAGGCGUAAUGGACGUCACAAUUUGUGCCACUGAUAGUGACACCUGGAGGAGGAAACAUUACUAAUCCUGCCAAAACAUUAUUAUUGUAGUGUCUAUGGUGGUAUAUUUGUAAUGUUGGUUAUUUGUGUUGUGAGACAUACCUUCCCUUCGAUUG